AAAGCGAGCGAGCGAAUGUUUUCCACUCACUCUGUGGAAUCUAUCAGGAGUCGAAACUUUAGUCAGGUUUUGCUUUAUUAAUUUUACCCGGAAAGCUCUUUCAAACCGCAACCGCUCAAAAUAAUCAUCAGAAGGGAUAUAUCAGCGGGUUGAUCGACUGAAUGAAACCAUGAGGAAUAAAAAACACGGCGGUUGUCGCGAUCUAAACUAAACGUGACUAUCGAUCCAGCAGAGCCAAGGUUUUGAAAACGCCGAGCCAGGUACUUUGGCGCAGACUUCCAACGGUCGGUUUUUCCUGCGGGUUUACCUGUGCUUACGUGGCACGUUUUCGACCUGGAGACUUAUUGUCAAAAAUCCCGUUUUUAGGUUUUUUUAUCCACUUGUAUCGUGGCGAUGCGAUGUAUUUUCGGAGGUUUAGUAAGUUGCGUGGCCGGGACUAGUUUACUUGCGCUGGGCAGCCAAUCAGCGGAAUAACACUCACUAUUUUUGCGUUAAUUUAUUCUCUUUUGCCUUUUUCACACGAUAUUCUUUAAAAACAGCCUCGUACCGCACCCUUCAGAUAUUGACAGCGGGUUUCGACGAUAGCUUUCACAAGGAGGAUAAGUGUCACCGCUGCGCGUGUGUUUUUGGGGUGGUAAAAUGGAUGCGGGAUUGGAGAAGGAGUGCAGCGCUUUGGGAGGGCUCUUCCAAAUCAUCAUGAACGACAUGAAGGCGAGUUAUCCUGCCUGGGAGGACUUUGUCACCAAAGGGGCUAAGCUACAAUCUCAGUUAAGGACAACAAUCAUCGUCACUAGCUCAUUCCUGGAUGCUUUCCAGAAAGUGGCAGACAUUGCAACUGGAACACGAGGAGCGACGAAAGAGAUCGGAUCGGCUUUGACCAGGAUGUGUAUGAGACACAGAAGCAUUGAGAACAAGCUCAAACUAUUCACCACGGCUCUCAUGGAUAACUUGAUCACUCCUCUGGAACUGAAAAUUGAAGAGUGGAAGAAGGUUGCCAGUCAGCUGGAUAAAGACCACGCCAAAGAAUAUAAGAAAGCACGUGCAGAGAUCAAGAAGAAAUCUUCAGAUACGAUUAAACUGCAGAAGAAAGUUAAAAAAGGUAAAGGUGAGGUGCGGAUGCAGCUGGACAGCGCCCUUCAGGACGUCAACACACGCUACGCAGUUUUAGAGGAGACUGAGAAGAGAGCCGUGUGUCGAGCACUUAUUGAGGAAAGAGGAAGAUUCUGCUCAUUCGUCACAAUGCUCAAACCUUUCCUGGACGAAGAGAUAAGCAUGCUUGGUGAAGUCACCCACUUACAGACAAUUCUAGAAGAUCUCGGCAAUCUGACGGCUGAUCCCAACACACUGCCUCCUGCUAGUGAACAGGUUAUUCUUGAUCUGAAAGGCUCAGACUACAGCUACUCAUAUCAGACUCCACCCGCGUCUCCUAGCAACACGUUAUCACGCAAGAGCAGCAUCAGCAGUAACUACACCUCUGUGCGUCAUGUCCCAUCUCUGGACUCCAUCUCCAGUGCAGUGGAUGGGCUUCAUCUGCGAGCACCAGACACAACACAGCGCUCAUGCAGUCCUCUCCUCCUGGUUGGAGGGGAGGAAGGCACUCGCUCUCUCAGUGAGGGGAAUUCUCCCACAAUCCCUCGCACGGGCCACCAACACCUCCGGCACAGGAGCACUGAAAAAGGUCAGAACUCUCCAGGCACAGAGAACGGGACCUCCAUGCCCCCACUGCACAAAGUUUACAGCGGGCAUGAGGAGAGAGCCAGGACACUCUCCACCUCGGGCAAGCCACAGUCAGCCAGGGAGCAGCUGGCUCUUACUCUUGGAGGCGGGCUAAAUUCAGAAGCUCCUCGGACCAGCCGAGAUUCCCUCCACUGCUCCAGCGGAUACAGCACCCAGACGACAACGCCAUCCUGCUCAGAAGACACCAUUCCCUCGCAGCAUGCGGUAAAGAAAGAACCUCCUCUAUAUGACUAUGACUACAUCUCCCUGCAUGGAGGAGAGGACGCCCACAGCCAGUCUGAAUUUGAUAAAUCUUCCACAAUUCCUCGCAACAGCGACUUGAGCCUCAAUUACCGCAAAAUGUUUCAAAGCAAGAGGCCGGCGUCUACCGUCAGUCUGCUGAUGGAUCCGGAGCCUAUAGGACCCCACACGGCCACCAUCCGCCGUAAACCCUCCAGCAAGCCCAACAUCCGCCGUGGGACCAUCAGUGGAGGAGUGCCUAUCCCCAUCUCCACACCACAGGUCCUUCAUCUACUCAAACUCUAGUCAGAAAAUUCUUAA